UACUGUCAAAAUGUCAGAUGAUAUUUAUUUCCAGUCAGAUGCCUACCCACAACCUAGUACAACUCUUGAUUUACGCUGGUAUGUGGGAUGCUGCUCCGAAUUUAAGAAACUCUUAGAGAAACGCCGAGACGCGAUGACCUGGACGACGAUGUCUACAUGCCGACCGGGGAAGAAGCAAGUAUAUCGAUUGCUUAGAAAUUGGCAGCUCACUCCGGAGGCUCCGGAGGCUGCAUUUCAGCUCCUCACUAGUCGCCGGACGAUCAGUUCAAAGAAGUCAAGCAUUCUCCUCUUUCCCUUCCAACAGCUACAUACAUAAGACUCUAUCGUCUGCUCAUGCUCUAUAGUACCUUUAAAAUCCUCAACUAUUCUAUAAUUUUCUCCGCCUCGGUGCAUUAGUCACCCGGAACAUCAUCAUCAUGGUCAAAGCUAUUGCCGUCACUGCUCCCGAGACUAUCUCCGUGGUGAGCGACUGGCCCAAACCUACCCUUCGUGAUGACUGCAUCCUCGUCAAAGUGGUGAGCGUCGGGCUUAAUCCCACGGACUGGAAGAAUGCCCUUCGAAGCACUCCCGUCGUUACUGUUGGCUGUGACUACGCCGGCAUUGUAGAAGCUGUCGGCUCUGCAGUCACGAAACCUUUCCGGGUCGGUGAUCGUGUCUUUGGCCUCAUCCGCGGCUGCAACCCCAACCUCCCCUACAAUGGAGCAUUCUCAGAGUACGUCCUCGCUCUAGGUGACCUGCAAUCCGCCAUACCGGAGAAUCUCAGCUUCCAGGAAGCUGCAACCCUAGGAGUCGGCCUGGGCACCAUUGCUCAAUCUCUGUACCAAAGCCUGCAGCUCGCAUCAUUCGAUCAUCCCCUUGCCCAGCCGGAACCCAUCCUCGUCUAUGGCGGUGCUACGGCCACAGGAACUCUGGCAAUUCAAUUUGCCAAGCUGUCCGGGUACGAGGUGAUCACGACGUGUUCGCCUGAGACCGAGGAGCUAGUGAAGAGCCGUGGUGCCGACCAUGUGUUUGACUACAAGGAUCCUGGGGCGGCUGACAAGAUCCGCGAGGUUACGCAGGAUCGGCUGAAGUUGGUGCUGGAUACCAUCUCGACAGAAGAGACGGCGGCAUUUUGCGGACGGGCUAUGAGCUCCCAGGGCGGUGAUUAUACUGCGAUGAUAGACAGCAAGGUGCCUCGUGUGGAUGUGCGCAGCCGCUGGACGCUGGGUUAUACGGUAUUCGGAGAGGAGUUGAUGUUUCGGGGUGUGCAUAUCCCUGCAAAACCAGAAGAUCGGGCUUUUGCGGCAGAGUGGAUCGAAAAGGCGGCCAAGUUGUUGGCGGAUGGCAAGGUUGUCCCUCAUCCUGUGCAGCUUGGGUCUGGUGGCUUGCAGGGUGUCAUUGAGGGACUGAAUUUCUUGAGAGAAGGUAAGGUCAAGGGGUGCAAGUUGGUGUAUAAUGUGAACGAGACUGUCUAACUCGAUGGUAAUAUGCUAUCAUGACUGCACGGAGCCCCGACGGCCGCGAGACUUAUAAGGCGGCCCCAGUAAAGGACGGUAAAGCUUAAUGAACCCAGAUUCUCUCCGCGCUGUGGGUUAUUGGAGAGAACUAAGUAGACUUGCGACAGGGGUCUUUCCACCCAGUCACCUUAUCGCUGCCAUCUAAUUGCUGGAUU